AUGAGAAAAAUGUCGAUUAGCAAGAUGAGUAAAGCAACGACGGCCCAGGACAUGAACGCCUCAGAUGGUCAGCACUUACGAUUGCUUGAACUACUGGCAGACUACGAUUCCACUUUAGAGCAAUUACAAAAGGGUUUCCAAGAUGGGUACAUUCAAUUAAGCAGAUCGAACUACUACAAUAAAGACUCGUUGCGAGGCAAUUAUGGUAAAGACUAUUGGGACGAAACGUACGUAGGGCAAUUGGUGGCAGCAGUAGAUGAAAGCAGCUCUAAAUUGGUGAUAGAUAUCGUAAAAAGAAACCCUCAAGAAGACCAAGUGGCGGAUGUAACAAAAGAAGAAGAUAAUACACUGAUUCAAAGAAAGAAAGGAACGAAAAAGGAAACUGAAAAAGGGCAAAGCCCUAAACCUGUGCAGAAUUAUGACCCGAUUUUGAUGUUUGGAGGGGUGCUGUCCGUUCCAUCUUCAUUGAGACAGUCGCAGACAAGCUUCAGAGGCUGUAUUCCCUUAAUGGUUCAGUUGAUUAAUUAUAAAAACGAGAUAUUAACGCUAUCAAAGAAACUGGCUGAGCAGAAAUAA